GGUUACAUGAUUGUCUAUGUUAUACUGAUUGCAGGGAUUAUAUAGUCAACACUAUGGCAACCAGAACGGCUGUCAGAUACAUUUCUCGUAGGUUCUCGAGUGGAAGUGGGAAGGUACUCAGUGAGGAAGAAAAGGCUGCUGAAAAUGUUUACAUCCAGAAAACUGAACGAGAGAAAUUGGAGAAACUUGCACGCAAGGAACAGAAGCCAAGGGAGAAAUCCGAUUCAGGUUUAGGGGGUACUGCAGCUGAUGCUAAUCUCAGUGGCACUACCUCAACAUCCAGAGCAUCUGCUGAGAAAGCUUCAAGCGAUAAGUUUCGGAAUUAUGUUCUGGCUGGUGUUGCAACCCUCGGUGCCGCUGUGGGAUGGUAUCUCAGUUCUAAAGAUAAGAAACAAGAAGCCAAGGAGUGAGGUUAAUGUGAUCGGAU